AUGCAUGUUUCCAAGCUGCGAGACAUCGAGGGUGUCGUCCAGCCUCAGACCGUGAGAUUGGGUGGCCUGAGCCUGUUUGGCCAGGUCCAAAAGUUUGGUGAACACCAGCAUCAAGGUUGGCGGAUUGGCGAUAUUUGGGUUCUGCACAGUGAACUCUGGUGGCACCUUGCUUCGAGCCUCGUCUCCCAAAAUCUGUUCUCUGGCAAUCCAUCCGUCGUCGUCAAUCAGCGAGAACCAGCUUUGAACGAUCUCCAGGGCUAG